UCACUUCCUGUUGGGCUCUGGGUGAGAACAGAAGUGCAACCUUUUUUUUUUGCAAACUUCAGGCCCUGGGGCCCUCCGCUAUCUUUCUUCUCUCCGUGGCUGCUUUUAACAGGGGCGGCGGCGGUCCCACGAUCCCGUCCAUCUUUGGCCCGCAGGACCUCAAGAUGCCAUCCCACUUCAGCCCCUCCACGUAGAGGCAGCAGAUUCACCUUGGCUAGAUCUUGGCUGCGGAGAGGUGCUCCCCCAGUCAUGGAUUUAAGGCAGCCGGAGUCCUCCAUGGCGGUGGUCUCCUGAGUCGCCUCGGCCGAUGUCUCUUAGGGGUGCCGGAAGCCCCACAGUCCAAAGCUUGGCUUCUGGAGACCCCAUGAGCCCAAAGUGGGCUUGGGAAGCCAAAGAAGGAGACAGGAAUCCUCGGGCAUAAGAGAGCCCAAACAUCUAUACCCAUGUCGCUUGCCAUGAAAGCUCGGCAGCGGGUGAAGAGGAAGGGAGCGAGCAAAGACCGGAUUUUUGGGUGUGACCUCGUGGAACAUUUACAACUGUCUGGCCAAGAGGUCCCCCAGGUGCUGAAGAGCUGCAUGGAGUUCGUGGAACAUCACGGGAUUGUGGACGGCAUCUAUCGGCUCUCGGGGGUCUCGUCGAACAUCCAGAAGUUGAGGCUUGAGUUCGACACCGACCGCACUCCGGACCUCAACAAAGAUGUGUACCUUCAAGACAUCCACUGUGUAAGCUCCCUCUGCAAGGCCUACUUCCGUGAGCUCCCGAACCCGCUCCUCACCUACCAGCUGUACGACAAGUUUGCAGAAGCUGUGGCAAUCCAGAUGGAAGAGGGUCGGCUGGAGAAGAUUAAAGAAGUGCUGAAGGAACUCCCAUCACCUCACUACAGGACGCUGGAGUUCCUGAUGAAGCACCUCGUCCACAUGGCCUCCUUCAGCUCCCAGACCAACAUGCACGUCCGCAACCUGGCCAUCGUCUGGGCCCCCAACCUGCUCAGGUCCAAGGACAUUGAGGCCUCCGGCUUCAACGGCACAGCUGCCUUCAUGGAGGUUCGCAUCCAGUCCAUCGUGGUGGAGUUUAUCCUCACCCACGUGGACCAGAUUUUUGGAGACGCCCCUCUGCGAGUUGGAAGCCGUGAAUCUCUCAGGAAGUCCCUUCUUCUUAUGGCGGCACCGGUUCCUCUUUCCGAGGACAAGUACAGUUUCCCUUACAACGUCCCAGCAGUGCUGAACCAGGGGGACGGCCCGCCUCAGAUGCGCCCCUACCACACCAUCAUUGAACUCACCGACAGCAAAAGAAAAGGCUCUCUCAAGGGAAAGAGGUGGAAGUCCAUUUUCAAUCUAGGGCGAUACAGUCAGGACUCCAAACGGAAAAUGAACAAACCAGAGGACAAAGCCGCCAAGAUGCGCCUACGGCCAGCCAAAAGCAUGGACUCCCUCAGCUCGGUGCCGUGUGCCAGCAAUGACGACGCUCAGCUCGGGAGGAAUAAGUCUCAGAAGCAGCUGACUCUCUACCAGGACAGUCUUGACGGCCCAGCCUCGCUCGACCCCAGUUUCCUGGAGCCAGGCGAGGACCCGGAGAAGUUCAAAGAACCGCCCGGCGGAGAGUCGGAGGGCGAAGCCACGGCCAAAUCGGAGCCCACCACCCCCAAAGCCAGCCGGUCCAGCCUCGUCGGGGCCUCCCCUCAAGGGCGAUCCCCCAAAGCCGCGCGCAACCGAGCGGAGAAGUGCGCCGGGGUCCACAUUUCGGGCCCGUUUUCCGUCAUGGUGCCCUUCCACAUCACUUCCAACCUCACCCUCUCCCGGCUGACCCGGGGGCAGGAGUGUCCGGCCUUGAGCCACGGCGCCCCGGAGAAAGAGCCCGUGGACUCUUCCGUGGCCAAAGAGGGGGAGGAACAGGAGGAGAAGGAGAGGGGCCACGAAGCUUCCACGGGGAAGGAGGAGCCGGCAGGAACAGACACAAAGGAGGGAGGCCUGAACGACUCAGAGGUGAACCGGAUGUCUAUGGAGGUCCAGGACUCCUUUUCCUUCCUGGACAGCCAGGAUGCGUGGCUAGGCGACAGCCUGCAGGAAGACCAAAACCCACCAAGCUUCAACGUGGCCCCUGCGUUUGCUGGCGGUGACCUGGACGACCCAUCCACCAUGGAAGAUGACAUGGGGAGCGGGUUCAUGAAUGAGAUGAUGGGAAGCGAGGUGCAGCUGGCAAUGUUUUCCUCGCUGCCACCUCUGGAUUACCUCUCCAUCGAGGAGUGCAUGGACGAACAUCUGGGGGAAGAGGAAGAGUAUUACCUCGCUACAGACUGCAUCCACAGCGAAGACCUGCCAAAAGAAGGGGACUCCGAAGAGGUCUACCUCAGCGCUUUCGAUGACUUGAGCCCCUUAGCUAACGAACCGGAGCCUCUCCAGCCGUCCGACAAACUUCGAGGUUCCGAGGCGGAUUUCCCCCAAGCCCCGUUGGAAGACCAACCCUUCAGUCUAGUAGGGGGGACCUCUUUCGAAGACCCCGCUAGGUCCCACCUCUCUGAAGCUGAGAGAGAGCCUCAGGUGGGGGGUUCGCCAGCCCAUGGCCCAGGAUUCACCGAUGCCCAUCCAGAACCAGAGAUGAACCCCUCUGAGGAAACCACUGCCAACCCCAGAAACGAUUUUGGGGACUGGGAAACGCAACAGAAGGACGAAGCUGAGACUGCGAUGGUGGAGGCUGCCGAGGUAGGCUCACCUCUGACGUCGUGGGAGGAAGGAGGUGUGAGCGGCCCAAAUGGAAAAGACUUGCUUCUACGAACCGGAGACUCGCAGAAAAUGAAACCAGCGGAUGCGGUUAACCAGAAGAAUCUCCACAGGUCCCUGGCUGAGGCCCAUGAAGACCACACGGCUCCAUCAAGCCCAGACGAUGAGUGGAACUGGCCACUGGAAACUCACACCGUAUUUCAAGAUGAACUGCCUCCGUGUCCUCCCGGCGUGACCGGCGUAAAGGCUGGCGGCUCAGUGCCAUCUGGCGCAUCUGACGGACCCGUGGAGUGCGGGCUGCCCUCUCAAGAGGCUGCGCUUUGUCCUGAAACAGCCAGAAACCUUUCAUCCGAGGAGGACACCUCCUCCCUCGGGACUCGGCAAACCUCCUUAUUGGGCAGUUUUCCUGAAAAGGAGUCUUCUGGGAGGUCCCCGGUGCUAACUUCAGGCCAGCCUGGAGAGAGUCCCCAGCAAGCUGCUUCACCUGGGGCCGAGUUUCCAGGGGUUUCUGAUUCUGAGGGAUGCCUCGAGCCCAAUGUCUGUUCCUCAAAGAGCUGGCCGGGAGAUCUUCUGCAAAAUCCUCCGCAGGCGCCACCGGGAGAAGCUCCAGCUGCCUUCCGGCAGGACCUCUCGGAUGGGAGCGUCUCCAUGAAACUGACCUCCAGCACCAUCCGGGUGCAGCAGGUCAGAUCCUUCCCGGUGGUCCCUCCGAAGCCUCAGUUCGCAAAGAUCCCUCCUGCCUUGAAGCCAAAAAUGACCGCCAAGGAAGCCUCCCUCGCAGGCCCGACCCUCCCCGUCUGUGGAAACGGGAUGAAGGACGCCGUCGGCGAAGGCUCCUACCCCAGGCCUCUUCGCCCCACCAGCCUGGAUACGUCCCGUGGCAACACAGAGAGCCGUAAAAACACAGAAUCCUUCUCAACGUUUCCCACGUCGCCUCGCUUUUUGGACGGCGGCAGCAGCAGCGAUUCCGGUGCCCGUCAGAAGCAGAGGAACUCCAUGCCCGGGAGUUUAGAGAAAUACGGUCGAGACGGGAAGGGUGGAGAAGACACGACGCCCAAACUCUUGUCCUCGCCGCUGGACGAAGCCGGCCUUUGGCCCAAGAGGGGCCAAACCGACCGAGAGUACCCGAAUCCGAUGAAAAGCUCUCCUGUCAAGAGUCAGGAGACGGGAAAGCCCAAGAACGGGGACGGGAAAGGGGAACCCUCUCGGCGACUGUGCCCGGCGCCCAGCGAGGGCCACGGGGCCAGCCCACAGAAGCCGAGGUGGAACAACUGGCGCCACGGAGGCAGCAUGUCCUUCGAUGAAGCCGUCAGCCUCGCCAAGGAGCGCCAGCUAGCACAGGCCCCGGUGAGAAGGAUGCAGACCUAUUGCUUUGGAGAUGCUGAGGGACCCCCAGGCCUUCUCCGGACGGAGAAGCCUGCCCCCCAAGCCAAGCUGGCUCUGAAGCCCCUGGGAGAGGGGAUGCGGAGAGCGCCGGCCAGCGGCUGCGUAGGGGUCACAGCCCCCUCUGAGGCUCCAGCUUCCAGGAAAGCGCUUCCGACUCAAGCCCUGCCCAACGUUGGUCUGGAAGGGGGGCUCCCUCCGAGCCAGGAAGCCUUGUUCCUACCUCAGGAUCUCCAGCCAAGCCGCAGACUCAGUUUGUCAAAGAUAGGCCGCUGCCUGUCCGUCUCGGAAGAGGCCUCUUACACCAUGCCGCAGGAGUGGAGGUGACGGGCUUCCAAAACAGGCCUUCGGCCGGGCCAAACCGGGGUGCCUCGUCGUGACCUGAACCCAAGCCUAGCUGAUGGAGCAUCCAUGUUUAUGUUCCCCACCGCCCACCUGCCCAAAAGGAGAAGAGACCUGUGGGAUAAAGCUCAAAAUCCACGUGGUACUUGGAUCUGGAUUCCCACAGGGUUGGACAGAAGCAGGGGACAGUACUAGCCGCAUCAUCCACAGGCCACCCUGGGGAUUUGUUUUUAUUCUUUAAAAAAAGUUUACAAGCAGCCCUGAGGGCUAUCUUUCAGUGGAAAGGCUGGCUAUAAAUGCAAUAAAUUAAAAAAAGAGA